UUACACCUGGCUCUUACUGAUUGCUCGGUAACUAGUCGACGAAUCACAAGGUCCAAAAUAUUGCCAUUUGGCUGGCAAAAGGCGAAACUCUCUGAAACCAGCUGUCAUAACUAAGUGCAGUUACUUGGAUUAACUCGUUUCUAACGUCAACCAUCAUGGGGAAAGAAAAAAAGAAAAUCGUAACGAAAAUCAAAGAUUUCCUGGGUUAUACAACUGCGCACGGUUUUGCACGACUCGUUGAAUCCAAGAACCCAGUUCAAAGAGCAUUCUGGGUACUAGCUUGCCUAGGUGCUUUUGUCGCUUUUGGGCUCCAAGUCCACAAGCUUUUCAGCAAGUUCAACCGAAAACCGGUGGAUACAUACAUCACCGUUAAACACGAAAUGAAUUUGGAGUUUCCUGCCGUCACCAUCUGCAACCUGAAUCCAAUUCGGAAAAAGCACCUCCCCGAGUCUCUUCGAGAGUACUUCAAGUAUUCGCUUGGAGAUAGCAGCACUAAAGAACCGACUUCGAAGCCGACAACAUCAAGUCUACUGGGGAAAGCUUUUUCUAGUGUGGAUUCGCUUCUCACCAAACCUGCCUUGCUUUCUAAUAAAACGCUUCCAUCUCUGGUGAAUUCCUCUCUCGAUACCCUGGGAGGUGCGCUCAAUGAUUCACUUUCUUCAGUGAACAAGCUCAAAGACUCCGGCGAAUCUCUCGUUAACUCCACACUGGGUCUUGUCAGGGGCCUACUAUCGCGAAGGCGACGAGGGUUACUCGGAGAUGUUCUGGAUGUGGAUGGUGUUUUGCCAGAAAAGGAGAAAGACGGUGGCAAACCAGGGUUACUCGGAAAUCUUCUGGAUGGUGUUUUGCCAGAAAAGGAGAAAGACGGUGGCAAACGCAAAGAUGGUGAGCGUCCGGCGCCCGAAGAGCUGUGCGAGUCGGCGAGAAGACGCAAAUAUCUGUACUGGCGAAUCGCGGAAACCCCGACAGAGACUCUGAUUCAGUCAGGACAUCAGUUUCUUGAUAUGGUGCAAGAGUGCUCGUUCGCAGGAGUUUCUUGCUUGGGCUACAACUGGACUCAAUUCUGGAACCACUUAUACGGGAACUGCUUUGUGUUCAACACGGCAAUGAUCGGGUCUAACAGAGAACGCAACAACAUCAGUUACACGUCCUCUAUCCCUGGACCUUCAGACGGUCUUUUGCUUCGUCUUCGAAUCGAAGGCGAGGAGUACCUGGGUAACUUCUCCACUGUUUCUGGAGUGAGGGUACACAUUUCUGACCGGCACGAGAUGCCUUUCCCUGGAGACAAGGGAUUUAGCGUUUCGCCUGGUUUUGAAACCUCAGUAGGAAUGCGAAAGGUUUUCAUACAUCGGGAGGACCCUUUUGGGAAUAACUCGUGCAUAUCUGAUGUCGGCAAGCCGGUUGUAAGGCCAGACUACUACAUGGAAAACUUCGGUGUAAACUAUUCCACGAUUGCCUGCCGAUCGAGCUGUGUCGCCAAUCUCCAGAAAACCAUGUGUGGCUGCGUGGAGUCUGCUUACGCCAUCACAGAUGAGCUCAGGAAGAUCGUGUGCAAUGCUCUAAACACGACUGUUUUUAGAUGCAUCGUGAAAGCAAACGAGACUGCCGAAGAUUCUGACGGGAAAAGCUGUUUAACCAAGUGCGCCAUCAGAUGCGACGAAAACAUCUACAAGUUGACUAUUUCGUCUGCGGUGUUUCCUUCCCCAUCUUAUCAGAAUAUUAGUUCACAAGACCUCAAGUCGGACUCGGGUAAUGAGGAACAAAUAAGAGCAAACCUUUUGUCACUGAGGAUUUUCUUCGAAGAACACAACUACGAGACCAUCGAGCAGCGCAAGUCAUACGAGCUUAUAGAUUUCCUGUCAGAUAUCGGAGGACAAAUGGGCAUGUUUGUCGGACUCUCAGUACUGACAUGCGCAGAACUCAUCGAGCUGCUAGCCUUAAUUAUCAUGCACCUAUUCAAUAGAGAUCACAAGAGAGGUGCCGUGGGCGCAGACACAGUGACCCCUGUCAUUGAGCUGAAGAAGAAGCCCCUGGUCAGAUUACCACGUGUUGAGUGAAAAAAAGCGCUUGAAAAAGGAAAGAUUUAGAAAGUGUUAAAAAACUGCCCUUCCGUGUAAAUACGACAGGGGAAUUCUUUGAUUAUUUAAGGCUUGCUUUGGAUGGAAUAAAAUAAGGUUUUAGGCUGAAAAAAAGGAGAAAGUGUUCCUCUUCUAGCAGCCGAAAAAAACAAAAAAUGUAUCAGAAAUUAUUUAAAAUACAGCAGAAAAUGACUUUGAAAGGGCCUUUUGGGCCCCCUCCUGUUAAAAUUCCUGGCUACGCCGCUGUACUGCAUUUAAUAAACACUUCCUUACUGUAAAAAAAUGUUAAUUAAUAGUUAAAAAGAUAAUCCUGACUUCAUAGGCUAUCUUAUCGAGGCUUUUAUCCAGUAUUCAGGGUUCGCAACACUUUAGCAAACAUUUUGAGAAUUUAAACUGUUUUUCUACGUGCCAGAGGCGGAUUUAGAUUUUCGCUUAGGGGGGGGUUUCGCUGAGUGACAAGGGGGGAUUUUUUGUUACAUUUUGUUUUCUGGUAGCCCCCCCCCCCCCCCCCCCCCCCAUCCCAUAUCCGGCUACUGUGUGCCGUUCCAAUUGCAUAUAUAGUCGGUUGAUUCAUCUUCACGUUGGGGUGUUGCGAAGCCCAAAAUACUGGAAACACCCCACUAAGCCUAUGAAAUAUGGCGUCAACUUGUAUAGUUAUACAGGCUUUUGUACAGCGACCUGAAUCCUGGUGAAUAGUAGUGUAAUUUUGCAUGACUCAGAAGGACUCCCCUGAUCUCGCACUAGGAAGACAUUGAUAUCCGAAUAGCUUGCAGUUGAUCGUUGUAACUAUAGGAGCAAGAGACGCGUGACCAAAUAGCGGGCAUCUCUAGAUUUUAAUAAGGCUGAAAAACAUGUAUAGGGAGGGAUCAAACAAAAAAAAAUAUUUAAUAAAGCCUAUUCAGAGGCAGUACAAUUAAUUUUAACUGUUCUGUAUCAAAAUAAAAUAAACGAGAAAACAAAUAA